AUUUCAUGUUUAUUUAAUAACCACCCUCCAGACAACCCUACCUAAAACCAAAAUUACCGACCCAAUAAUAAUUCCAUCCCAAUAAUUUUAUUUAGCAAGUAAAAACAAAUAGAAACCCAUUAGCAUUUUGCAUCUUAGUUUAAGCAAUAAUUUAUUGGUCGAAAUUAAUUCAAACCUGAUUUAAUGUCUAGUAUCCCUUUUGCUAAAUCUAUUUAAUAUGAAAUACCUAAAUAAUAAAAUGAUUAGCUUUUAAAUAAUGAUUAAGAUCCAAAGUAAAUUAAUUUCAUUGUCUUAUAGAAAACACUCCUCAGAAAUGGUUUAGUUAAUUAAAGAAAGUUAAGAGUUAAAAAGAAACAUAAGUGAAAAAGAUUAAGAAAUUUAGAAAUGCAAACAAAACAUAGAAAGGCUAGAAUAAUUAAUUGAUUACUUAGAAAAAUAAUCAAAAGAAACCUAAAAAGAUUGAU